CUCAAAAAUAUAGAAAGAAAAAUGUUUCCCAUCCCUCGUUCCCCCUCUCUCUCCCUCUCUCCAAUGGUGACCACCAAUACCUUUCUCAGCACGCCCUCCAAGACCCCCUCCGACAAGUUCCGCAAACACCCCAACCCCAACCCCAACCCCAACCCCAACGCCGUCUCCGGCUCGCUUUUCUCGGUUCGAGGCCUACAACCAUCUCCAGGCGGCGGCUGCGGCCUUCCGGAUUACAGAGAUCGUGGUCCUGGGUGGCCAAUCCGACGGCAAGAGCUCUCUCCUCGAAGCCCUCCUUGGGCAACCGCCGCCUCCUCAUUCUCCAGAUGGUCCACGACCCCUCCGCCCUUGAACCCCGCUGCCGCUUCCAGGGAGUCUUGUUUCCAUCAAUCUGGAAACAGCAAGCGAAAGUACAGCCCAACCCACUACCGGGAGCUCAGAUUUUAUACGAAGGAAAUUCUUAAGCAAGCACUUACAAUGUAGUCCCCUCAUGAGAAUCAAGGAUUGAUUUAUUCGGUUGAAAAUGUUACUGCAAAGUUUCACAUGGAGCAAAAGGCUUAUCUCUUGGAAGAUGAGAGUUUUGUUUAGGAGCAAAAGGCUUAACACGUGCUCGAUAUGGUAUUGUCAUUCUGGGGAAUCCUACAGUCCUGAGCAAACAGCCACUGUGGAACAGUUUAUUGACACACUACAAGGUAUUUCUCUGUUUUUAUGUUACUUGUUUUAUGUGAUUGUGGGUUUUCUAAGCCUCUAUUUUAUUGUACUUGCUAUGUGCCGGAAUUGUUUUUCGCGUGUUUGGAGCUAGCCAACUAAUAUUAUCUCACAGUUGGCAGCAUUAUUAGUGCUAAUGUUGGAUGCAUAAUGUCAAUAUUUCCUAAUUAUGUCACAUGUUAUUCUCUUCUUGGUCAACCUUCCCUCAAAUUCGAUAAUUAUAUGCGUGAAAAAAUACCAUCUGGGGUCUGUUUGGCUUAUAGUAUGAUUGUAGUGUUUCUCUGGUUACUGUCACCAUUGCUUUCUUGUUGGAAAGGCAUAAGCCGAAGCCAGGCUCAUCAGUAGUGUAGUGGUUUAGAUUGAUGGUUAAGGAUUGUCCUGUUAGAAUGGAAGAGCACAUCUUGUCUGCAAGUCUCAUAGGGUUUGAGAUGCACAGGUUUGACGUUAUUUUAGGC